AUGACUCAUCAUCCAGUGAACGCUCCGGCGCAUCAUGUUCUUUGUCAAUACUUGCGCAUUGCUGUUGAAUUUCAGUGCUCAAGCCUCACACUUGUUGUUUGCGAGAAGCAACUGUGCAGUCAAUCUCCUAUACCCUGUCGGGCUGAAGGCGCGCAGUGUGGAGCGAAGUUUGCGUCGAACGAAGCUCUUAAGUCCGUGUCCUACCCCAUCCAGGCCUUGGCCAAGAGUUCGAAGACGCUGCCUGCCAUGCUGGGCUGCCUGGUGAGUGGAAAGCGAAUCACCGUCCUUCAGUGGAUUGCUGCGUUUGGCAUUACGCUGGGAACUGCCGGCUUCUCCAUGUCCGGCAAGAAGGGUGGUGACAUCGAGGCCAAGCCCUUGGGAGUGCUUCUGCUGGUGGUGUCCUUGCUUUGUGAUGGCACAGUCUCCAUGCAGCAGGAGAAGAUGCGAAACCAGGCGGUGGUGCUGUCACCGUACGAGCAGAUGUUCAUGACGAAUGCUGGAGCAGCGCUGCUUCUGCUUCCUGUGUCCUUCCUCACUGGUCAGCUCAAUCAAGGCGUCCAGUUUCUCUACGAGAACGUCACCAUCCUCGAUGAGAUUGCCAUCUUUGCCCUCUGCUCGGCCUUCGGACAGGUGUUCAUUUUCCUGACCAUCUCAUGGUUUGGACCUGACACGAACGCCAAGAUCACAACCAUUCGCGGGGUGCUCAGAGUCGGAGCCGCGUCGGAGUCGCGUCGGAGCCGAGUGGGUGGCUCGUGCUCUCAAACGAAACCUAAAGGCCCACUAGAACACUAG